AUGACAGAGGAGAGAGGUGUAUGUUCGAGUGGACUUCCUGCGUCUGUGGAAAGGUCAGAGUUUGGCUUUUUUGACCAUUCCACUGGACUUCUCAAUUGUUUGGUAGACUGCUUAGAUGGCUUUCGCCCACCCGAUCCUCUCCUCUCCCUCAACGCAACACCACCAUCUUCCCCUCCUCCCCUCCCUUCCUCCGCCAAAAGAAUGCAAGAAACCAUAGCACUGUAUGCAGCCCCUGCUUUACACCACAUGGUGUCCAUGGUGGAGCUUGGGAAGCUGAUUCUGCAUCAUCGCCCACAAUUCACCCUCACAGUUUUGGUUGCAUCGAUGCCAGCAACGGCCAGCGCUAUCACCUCCUACAUCGAUCGAAUCUAUUAUGAGACCAAUCUUCCUAUUUCCUUCUUCCAUCUCCCUCCCGUCCAUUUACCAGAGUCCCUCCAAAACCAAGUAGAUGCUGCUUUCGAAUUUAUGCGUCUCAACAUCAUGGGUGUUCGAGAUGCCCUCCAAAGCAUCUCUGCUGACUGCGCAGUUCGCGCACUUAUAACUUCAGCCUUCCACGUUCCACAUCAUUUUCUCAACAUUCCAACUUACUGUUACUUCACCUCUUGUGCUUCUGUUCUUUCUUUCUUCUUGCAGUUGCCUGCCAUCCACGAUCAGACAAGCAAGAGCUUUGGAGACUCGAAGGACACCCUCCUGCACUUACCGGGCCUUCCUACCAUGAGAGCCUCUCUCCUACCUGAACCAUUACUUGAUCGCAAUGCUUCCGCCUAUCGUCACUUCCUUGAUUUUGCUCGAUCUUUGCCCAAAUUUCAUCGGCUUAUAGCUAACACCUUUAACUUGCUUGAGCCAGAUGCAGUCAAGGCUGUUGCAGAUGGUGUUUGUGUUCCAGACGGCAUGACUCCACCUCUCUAUUGUAUUGGGUCACUGAUAGCAGAUGCAAAAGAUCGUACUAUUGGCAGUGUCGCUUCGCUGGAAGCAUCAACAAUGCCUGUCAAUGAAUGUUUGUCCUGGCUAGACUUGCAGCCAAGAAGAAGUGUUGUCUUCUUGUGUUUUGGCAGUCGGGGUGCAUUUGCGAGUGCGCAAGUGAGGGAGAUUGCUCUUGGGUUGGAGAGAAGCGAGCAACGGUUCCUGUGGGUGGUGAGAAAUCCACCUCCAAGUAUUGCAACCAAGCCAGAUUUAGACCACCUUCUGCCUCAAGGGUUCUUGGAAAGGACUCGGAACAAGGGUCUAGUAAUGAAGUCUUGGGCACCGCAAGCUGCCAUACUUAAGCAUGAAUCAGUGGGGGGGAUUCGUGACUCAUUGUGGGUGGAACUCGGUGUUAGAAGCAAGCAGCGCAUGAAUGCCGCCAUCCUUGUGGAGAAAAUGAAGCUGGCGGUGCCGAUCAGCGAGUCGAUAUGGUCAUAUGAAAAAGGAAAAGAAGUGGAAUUCAUUGUUAGUGCAGAGGAAGUGGAGAAAAGGGUAAGGCAGUUGAUAAUGGAGGUGAAUAUGAGAGAGAGGAGCGCCGAGAUGAAGGAAAGAGGCAUCGCGGCUUGGACUGAGGGCGGAUCCUCCUUCUUAGCAUUGUCCGAAAUGGUGGGUUCAUGGAAGCAGGGCUAA